GUCUAGUGCUUAAAAUAGGGCGUGUCUAGCGUGCUAAGAAUAAUGGUGCAAAAGUAAAAGUUACCUUAUGCUGGGGUUUUAGCUUGAAUGCAGUCCAAAUAAAAAUCUGAAAUGUUUUAUACAAGAGAAAUCGUAACCCCAAGCUCUUCUCUUUUCAAAUCCGCAAAACCAUCCAACUUUAGCUACCAGUAUCAUAGCUAUCUAUAUUCACUUGAACUAAACAGAUUGUGCUGCUCAUUCAAUCAUUAUCACGACAAGAAUACAGAUAAAAAUGACGUCGCCAAAGCCUAAAGCUCCAGCCUCACCUUCUCCUGCUGAAGGUACAUCAGUUGGUAAUUCUUCUUCUUCAAUGCCUACAGGAAUAGCAUCACCAAUCAAAAGUUCCACCAAGAUAAAGCUUCAGCUCAAGGACAAGAACUUUGCCUUGCCCUCUCUUCCAGAGAAAACACCAGUUGGCAAUUCUUCUUCAAUGCCUACAGGAAUACCCCCACCAAUCAAAAGUUCCACCAAGAUAAAGCUUCAGUUCAAGGACAAGAACUUUGCCUUGCCCUCUCUUCCAAAAGCACCAGUUGGUGAUUCCUCUUCAAUGCCUACUGAAACAAUGCCACCGGCCAAAAAAUUCAAGAGAGGUUCUGAGUUCACCGAGGGACUUAACUUGUUAGACGCUCAUAGAUCUUCACUACCCAAGCACCGUGGUAUGACAUACUAUAAACGACGAACAGCUGCUUUGGCAGAUAUAGACCAAAUGGUAUUAGAAGAGUCAUCGGAGAGAACAGUCUUGGAGCAGCAUUCCCGCGCCACGAUUUCUGAAUCUUCAUCUUCGACCCAAGCUGCAUCAGCCACUGCUUUUUCUUCGACCCAUAGAGGAAUUAUGACCACAACAAAGCCAUCGAAGAUUGUGAUCUUAAAGCUUCCCCCCGCCAAGCUUCUUGCAAUUUCCACUUCGAAAAAAGCUGUAUCGGCCGGCUCCUCUUUGAAGCCCACCACUUCUUCCUCGAACCUUGCCUCCUUUACAAACAAGGCCUCUCCUCUGCCCAUCGCCGCCACCUCAGACCGUGUUUAUUCAAGUAGAGGACGAAAAUUACGCAAAACUUUCAAGGCAGAAGAGGGAGAUCCUAGAAGCAAUGUAGCAGCACAGAAUUUAGGGCAAAAACAGAUGGCAGGGCAAAAACGGAAGGCACCUGCAAAGAAGCGAGUUAGGUUUGCGAACACCGAAGACGCACCGAAUGUAGAUAUCGCUGCCGACGCAACCUAUAACCAGAGCCACGAACCCGCAAAGAAGCGACUUAAGUUUACCAACACCGGAGAGGCACGGAAUAUAGAUAUCGCUACCGGCGCAACCUCUAACAAAGAUCUCGAAUCCGCGAAGACCAGUAAGGUACACAAGAGUAACGUGGCUCCACGAGCACGUAUCGAGACCGCAGCGCGCUCUCAAGCGGUUAUCUCUCGAGUAAAAAAAGCACUCGGAGCAUCAAGAGAAGCUCUAUCAAGGGCUCAAUUAGUAGCAUGGGAAGAAGAGAGGGAAACAAAAGAGCGUGGUUUAAGGGAAAAAAUGGGGAAGGCUCUUCGGGACUGGGAAGCUCUCGAGAAACAGAGAGAUCUAGAAGCCGAACAAGAAAACUAGGGAGCUUUCUAGAUACGAAAUAAAACGACUGCCAAAGCAGGAAUGAUCUAUAGCCAUAGACAAGGAAAGCACUAGCUGGCUUAGCAUGUACGACUGCAAUUUAGCAUUGAGGUGGUCUAAAUAUAUUCGAAAUUGUUGGGGAAAUAGUGAUGUAUGAUCGUCUCCCUGGGGAAAUUUGUUUUCAUAGUUUAUUGAUGAAGUUUAUUGAGUUGUUUAUUUUUGAAUUUUGAUAAAGAUCUUGGCGAGGGCAACCAUUCCUGGGAGAUUAAUUUGGAACUGGAAUAUAUAUACCUAAGUUACCUGACAUAUACACCGCCAAAGUUUGGAUUGGGUGUGCUCAGUCUCUUCGGUUUGUAUUCAUGAGGAAUCGGUUGCCAAUGGAUUUUCUGGCGCAUAUAUUGUAACUUGUUGGUUUAUAUCAACGAAAGAUUGGUUGUUGACGCUAUCUUUUGAGGGAGGUGUUUACAAAGCGGGAAUCUAUAGAUAGAUAGAUGGGUGGAUGAAUGAAUGAAUGUAUUUAUGGGUGUUAUGUAGAAUGGAAAAUUUGCACAAAAUGGAAACAUACCUAUGAAUCCCAUGAAGUUGACCCAAAUGUCAGCAAUUAUUAAGUUGUCAAGUUCUGAUCCUAGCCCGCAUUGAUACCAGAGAAUAGACAAAGAAGUUGAAUGUUAUAUGUCUGAAAAUAGAAGGCGCGGAUGGAGUCAUAUCAAUAGUUGUAUUCACUCA